AUGAAGCGCGGCACCAGCGGGGACGACCCCCUCGCGUUUCUUGCAGGGCGAAAGAAGCGCAGUCGGCCUUCGUCUUCUUCCUCGUCUUCCUCUUCCUCUUCUUCGUCGUUUUUUCCUCACCCAGGCAGUCGCCGCGGCAGCGUCGCGUCUCAGCGGCCGCUCGGCUCGUCGCAGCCGACACCUCGGGCCACGGAUCGGAGUCAGGCGUCUCGCCACGUGUCUGGCGGGCGAUCUGAUCACUCGCGGUUCUCCUUCUCUCAGCCGGGCCCUGGACAAGCCGGCUCGCUGGCGCGGGCGCACAGCGGGUCCUUUGGGCUCCAGCGCCGGCGCCGGCGCCCGAGCGAGGACGGAGACAGCGCGGGGGGGGGCAGCAGCCAGGCGAGCCACGCGAACAGGAACUCCGCCUCACCCUUCCUCGGUGCGUCGCUCUCAGGGGGCGGCAGCGCCAGCCUCUCGCAGGCUUCCGCCUCCUCCCGUGGGCUCCUUUCUAGCGCCGCCACUCCCCGUAGGGCGCGCGAGGAGACAGACCGGGCGCGGGCGCGGGGCCCGCAGGACGGCGCCCCCGCGGGGGGCAGAGGCCCCCCCCGCGGGGGCGUAGAGGACGACGGGGCCGCGGUCGCCCCCGAGGGCGCGGCGCGGGCCCCUCGCGCCGCGACCGCCGAAGUCCUCCUGGAGGAGGCGCGCGCCCCGGAGCGCUCCAUGGAGGAGUGCUUCCCCGUUCUUGUCGAGCUCCCGGCGCGAGGCGCGGCGCAUCUCUGCAACUUGGGAUUUCACAUGCUCGCGGAUGACCAUCUUCAACGCCACCUCGACUCCGUCCUCGAGUGGGAGCUUGAGCAGUCGCAGCGUCUGCCGGCGGGCGUUGCGAACGGCAUCCACCAGGCGUCGUUCGACAGGCUCCGCAGCCUGCUGCUGUUGCUCUGCGCGUACAAGGGCGCUUCGUAUGUCGCGCCGUCGCUCGCGGGCGCCUCGAGGCCGUUCCUGAGCGACGGCGACAGCCGCGACGCCGAGGGGUGUGGCUUCCUCGUGCUGCCUCGGGGCGGCGGGGGACGGGGGCGGGACGAAGGCGGGCCCUCCAUCUUCGUCGGGCACCAGGAACUCCGCGGAGCGACGCUCGUCCGCCGCGAAGCCGCCAAAGGCCUCAUCGAGAGACUCCUCCAGGGCGGCGCCUUCGCCAGUCGCCGCGCGCAAGCUGCCAUGGACAUCGAAGUCUGGCCGCUCCGCAGGUCGACGGAGUAUUUGGCUAAGAGUCAGGGCACGUUUGGCAGCGCGCUGGAUUCGCUGCUGAUGUUCCGCGCGUCGUCGCUGUGCGUGGUGCCUUGCCAACUGCUGAUGCCGCUGCCGUCGCUCGACUUGCAGGCCGUUGAGGGCUUCGAGCUCGAUGAAGUCCCCACGGGGCAGAUGCUUCUUCUGCCGGCGUGGUGCGCGCAAGUUCUGUACCGCCGCAGACUCGCGGACGUCUACCUGCCUCGAUUUCUCACUGCAGACCAACUGAAGCGCACGCUCUCCCAGGAGGAGAAGAUGAAGGAGGAACUUUCAGAUCUGCCCGAAUGCUUCUUCGACCUCGCGAAUCUUCUUCUCUUCAACCCGUUGCUGCAACCUCGGGGAGCCGCAUUUGACUGCGCGCAGGAAAGAGGCUUGGUGCUGCAACUCUGGGACCGACGGCAAACGAAGAUCUCGCAAAUCAUCUCGCGGCACCGCGCGAGCGACGAUCGGAUGGCUGUCACGAAUAUCCAGCCGUCAGAAACGUUCCUUCUAUCCUACGUGCGCUUCGAGACGGAGAGCGAGCUUCUGGGCGCGUGA